UGACUCAGUGUAUUCUUUUAGGUGAAAAUCAACGUUUCAGAGGAAUCAACCACCUUCAUCUUCAGGACCAAACCAUCUUCCAGACUACACAACGUCAUUACUAACAACACCAAAACCAAAAUCUACACUGAUAUGGAGCAUAAAUUGGACAUUCGAAUAUAAUGAGGGACAGCUGAUAUUCAGUCACAAAUUCAGCACGCAAUUUUGAAGCCUUAAGAUUGUCUUAAAUUCGUCGCAUGAAAUAGAACUGGACAUGAAUCGAGCCAGUAAGAUGGAUAACGCGUCCAACGAUUUAGAUAAUGACCUCAUGAAGGAAUUGGAGUGUCCAGUCUGUUUACAAUAUAUGAAGUCGCCGAUAUCAAUGUGUCAAAAUGGCCACAGCAUUUGUAACGGCUGCAGAUCGAAACUGAACAACUGUUUUUACUGCAGGCAACCUUUCUUAAAAGUGAGAAAUUUGGCGCUAGAGAAUUUGUCGACAGUGUUGUUACCUCCAGGCUUAAUCUCCAAGAUAUCCGAUCCUUCACAUAAGAGUUACAAGUGUCCGUUUGCUACAAUAUCGAAUGAGGAUUGUAGCUGGGUGGGAUCGCUUCCGGACAUGAGGGGUCAUAUAAAGAUUAUCCACACUGGUGGAGAGGACACGCAAGAAUCUGGUGGACGGUUUAACGUUAUUCUCACAGAUUUGUCACCUGAACGGCAUUAUAGGAAAGCAGUGUGGAUUGCCGAUGAAUUAUUUUAUAUAGUUUGGGAAAUAAAAGAUGGCAACUUCUUUUGUGUAGUGUUAUGUGUAGGUUCAAAGAAUAAAUCUUCCAAAUUCAUGUACAAAUUUUCUUUAACAGCAGAAAAUGAGAAGAAAAAAAUAUCAAUGUGUUUCCAAACACGAAGUGUCGUGCAAGAAAUAGAGCAGGUGCUCGCACCUGGACACUGCGUUGUUCUACAUUUUGACACAGUUUUGAAGUUUUUGAACUCUGAUAAAUGUCUGUCUUGUGACUUUGAAAUCAGUCCGAUUGAAGCAGAAUCAGGCGCCGAUAAGAAUCAGCCAAAGACUGUUACAGCUAAAACAGUCGACAGGGACUCUGACAGUGUCAGAGUUAAAAGAGAAUUCCUCAGAGAACAAAAGGCGCCAAUGAAACGCGAGUUCCUAGAUUCGCGUGAUGACAUACCCCAUGAAACACAUAGACCAGGCAGACAUGUUGGACGAGGUAAGGUAAUUUGGCGUGGUCCUCGGGACAGAUCUGUCGAAUCACACUUUCAACAUAUAUCACGAGACCGCGACUUCCGAAACAGAGGCGGAAUUCUUGGAAAGCAUUCUAACAUAGGCCGGAGUCUGACAGAUCUAGGCAACGAAGCGCAUUAUCGAGACAAAGAAACUCCUGCGGUGGUUAAAAUGCGCGAUUCAGUUCGUCUCAAAAUAAACGCUUCAUCCACUUCUCCAGCUGCAAAACGUGAAACAAGUGAUAAACUUCCCAAAAUUUCUCUGACAUCUGCAAAAGGAAUGCCAAGAACUGAAGGUGCCAAACUUUCGGAGUUGACAAAGUCACAGGAUAAAUUCCAGGCAAAUGAUACCAAAGUUAUCUCUUCAUCUAAUUUUCCAGUUUCAAAAGGACUGCCAAGAGAUGAACGUACCAAACUUUCGGAGUUGACAAAGUCACAGGAUAAAUUCCAGGCAAAUGAUACCAAAGUUAUCUCUUCAUCUAAUUUUCCAGUUUCAAAAGGAGUGCCAAGAGAUGAACGUACCAAACUUUCGGAGUUGGGAAAGUCACAGGAUGCUGUCCAAUCUAUUUAUCCGAAGCUUGAAUCGUCUCACCUAUCACUUAUGGACGAUUAUCAAACGACUAGCGUUUCUCCAAUUGAUACAUUUCAUGAUGUAGUCGAAACAAAUAGUUCUAAAGUCAUUUCCAAUGCUUCUGUUGUAAGAUACACCCCCAGCAAUCAAAGAACAGACUUGUCUCAAAAUACUCGCACGUUCCCUGCUGAUAAUCGACCAGAUUCGUUGACUUCACCUGAAGAAACCUGGAAAUGUUUCGUAUGUGGACAACUUGCUCCAAAGAUGCUGACGAAUUAUUUUUCACUUAUCGAUUUGGCACCACCUGGAACUACCUGGAAAUGUAAAUUAUGUUGCCAGUGGAGAGCUUGAAGUGUAGAUCUAGGGGCAGCACUUACCAUAAGUCUUUGAGAGGAUAAAAUUAUUCUGAACAAUGUUUGGUAGUUUUACUUCUGUCUUCAAGAAAACAUAAGAAAUAUCUCGUGUAAAUGACAUUGAUCAAUACAGCUUACGAGGUAAAGAUGUUCUGAGAGCAGCUUGCCUAAGUACUAAAUGUUAAAGUAUCUGGUGUACAUAUUUACAAUUUUCCUAGAAAACUGUUUAAAUGUGUUUAGUGUUUUAAAUAUAUUUCGCUAAUGCGAAAACAAAUUAGUUUUUAAUCUGGAACGUGAGGACACUUUUAUUGAACUGUUUGUGACUGGAGAGACAAAUAUUACAGAGUGCCGCGGAAAUUUGUGUAUGAGGGCUUUGAUGCGUGCAAGGGUUUACUUUUAUGUAGGCGUAGGACUACUUGUGGUCUUGAAGCAGAGACUGUAUAUCUGUUAAGUAUUAAACACUGUAUAAAUGAAUGGAUUCCCUGUGGUUUUAUGCUAAAGCUUUAGAAGUAGUUUCAUUUACCAUGUGGUAGGCAAACUAAGAACGCUAUAUCACACGUCUCCACUCUUUGAAAUGCUGGGUGCCUGGUAUCCGCCAUUGCUAUAAGCUGGAAUGAAAUCAGAAACAUUCUAACGCUGACUUGAAGUUUGUGAUGAAUUUUAUCAGGAUCGUGGUGACGGAAAUGAGACCAAUCAGGUACAACACUUGGGGCAGGAGCGACUUCAAAAUUAUAGAAUUAGGCCUGGAGAAUUGUUUACAUUCUUUUCGGCACAUAUGGCCACAUCUCGUCACACCGUUACAAUAAGUCAUGCGUAGUCACGAUUUGUCACGGCUCAAGGCGUUCCCUCGUCACUCUUUCAAAGGAUGUCACGCCUAGUCACACUUUGUCACCCUUGGUCACGCUUUUAAUAUCUUGGUGAUGUUUUAACACUCAAGGCGUCCCCUCGUCACUCUUUCAAAGGAUGUCACUCCUAGU